GCAGGCUUUACAGUGACUCAAACUCUCCCAAAGACAGAGUGCAGACAGUCUCCACAGCACUAAGAAGUGGGCUUACUGUGACUGAACUGCAGCUUUUCUCAUCAAAACCAAAAACAGUCAGAAGAAACCCUUAGACUUACUAAAGAAGACAGAUGAGGUGCUGCAUACCCUGGACAACUGAAAACUGAACACUUUGUGCUGCAUUUAGUGUGAAAGAAAAAGAAGCGAGUACAAGCUGGAGGAUACUAAAGAUUAUAUUACCAUGGAAACCAAAAGCUGGAAGCGGACACAGGGACCAGUGGAGGUGGACAAUCUUCCUUGAAUGCAUCAACACAUCGCGAUCCUGCUGCACACUGUGGAGAGGUACCAAAGGUUUUCAUGUAGACCUUAUAACUGUGGAGCUAUACUGGAUUUAUUUCAGAAUGCUGUGGAGAGUCACCAUCCCCAUCCUCCUUGCCGGGUUCUUCUGCAUCAUUGCAGAGGCCAAAAAGCUUCGUCCCCAAGGCUCAAUACCAUCCCCACACAAGACUAAAGGAAACCUGUCUGCAGAUCACCCCCACAAACUUUUGCAGCAGAAACCAGAGGUCCUGUCCUCAAGCCGAGAGGCACUAGUUGUGACUGAGCGGCGUUAUCUCAGAAGAGAUUGGUGCAAGACCCAACCCCUUCGUCAGACAAUCAGUGAAGAGGGUUGCCGCAGUCGCACUGUGGUAAACCGCUUCUGCUAUGGCCAGUGCAACUCCUUCUACAUCCCGCGGCAUUUGGGUCCCAGUUUGGGACAUGGACAGAAUCGAGGUCAAGCUUUGGGCUCUGGAAGAAAGGCCCAUAAUAAAGCCCAGGAGCCCUUCCAGUCCUGCUCCUUUUGCAGACCCCAUCGCAUUACACAGCUAACAGUGCAGUUAGACUGCCCAGAUCUGCAGCCCCCCUUCCGACACCGAAAGGUGCAGAGAGUCAAACAGUGUCGCUGCAUGUCUGUGGAUGUAAGCGGUCAUGGAAAACUGUGAAGGAAUGCCAUAAAAUAUAUUUUUUUUAAUGUCAGAUUACUUGCCAUAGUAAAGGCAGGGAACGGUUUAUCAUCAUACUAAAAACUGGCUUUUCCAACAACUGAACAUAGAAAACCUGUGUGAUUAAGGCUCAACAUUGAACUAAUCAGAGACUUGCAGCCAAGAGGUCUCGUCAUUUCAGUUCAGAAACAAUUUUUGUGCAACUGUGCAAGUGAUGGUAAUAAUACAGCAGUCUCUGUGUAGUGAUGAGCAUCAUUCCUCUCUCAGAUGUAACAUAUUUUAAACAAAGGAGCUAUCUUUUGGAAUUAAACAAACCUAAAGGACAAAGGAUGAUCAUGCUGAUCAUUUUAUCUUAAAAUUUAUAUUUUCUGAACAGUGCAACUACUUCAAGUCUUUACCUUAAUAUGGACAAUUAUAUUACAAAUUAAUUGACAGUUACUCACCUUGCCAGUUUUUCCUUGUGUUUUUCCAUUAUGUUUCAUCAUUUUGAUUAAGUUGAAGCUGCCUUCAGUUGAUAUAGAGAAACAUGAAGUGAAACAGCCCGUGGCUUCAACUUGUUCGGAGUCAAAACUUGGCUGUAGGUUGAGCAAAAUAUAUUGCAGUAUGUGUAAUGGUGGUGCAAUGAAAUAUAUACAAUAUAAUAUUA